GCUUUUCUCUUCAAGAGGUCGACGAGGUUUAAGAAUGUUGUAGUAGCUUCGCGAAUCAUCUCAGGUCUUUUAUAAAACCAAACUACCGAUUAGCCGACUCUACUUCCUUAUCAUUACAAAGACGGAGGUCAUAAAGUUUCGAUUUUUUUCCUUUGGUAAUUCCUUUCUCCAUCUUCUGUUCUAAGACGGUGAAAACAUUCUCCAAUGGCGAAAGACGGACCCAAUUGGGACGGGUUGCUUAAAUGGAGUCUCUCUCACGCCGACGGCACUCGACCCACUCGCCAGUUGAGUGAGGAGGAUCGAAAAUGGUUUAUGGAGGCUAUGCAGUCGCAGACUGUAGAUAUAGUCAAGCGCAUGAAGGAGAUAACACUAGUUAUGCAAACACCUGAACAAGUUUUGGUGGAACAUGGAGUAACACCUGAAGAUAUCCAAGAUUUGCUGGAGGAGUUGCAGGAGCACGUUGAAUCUAUCGAUAUGGCUAAUGAUCUUCAUUCUAUUGGAGGCUUGGUUCCUCUUCUUGGGUUCCUUAAAAACUCUAAUGCGAAUAUUCGGGCAAAAGCUGCUGAUGUUGUAAGCACAAUAGUUCAGAACAAUCCUAGAAGCCAGGAGUUAGUUAUGGAAGUCAAUGGUUUGGAGUCAUUGCUCUCAAACUUCACUUCAGACACAGAUAUUCAUGCUCGAACCCAAGCUCUUGGCGCGAUAUCAUGUUUGAUUCGCCAUAACAAGCCCGGAGUCACAGCUUUCAAGCUUGCCAAUGGCUAUGCUGGUCUAAGAGAAGCCUUAGCGUCUGAUAGUGUGAGAUUUCAAAGGAAAGCCUUAAACUUGUUGCAAUACCUACUGCAAGAGGAUGAGUCAGACCGCAGUAUUGCCACUGGACUUGGAUUUCCGAGAGUGAUGAUGCAUCUCGCGUCUAGUGAUGACUCUGAGACCAGGGAAGCCGCUCUUCGUGGACUGCUUGAGCUUGCUAGAGAGAAAAAUGAUGGAUGCGAAUGUAGCAGCAUAGAUAAAAGCGAUGAGAAGCUGAGACAGCUACUUGAAGAACGUAUCAAAGGAAUCAGCUUGAUGUCAGAAGAAGAUCUCGAAACUGUUAAAGAAGAGAGACAACUCGUGGAUUCACUGUGGAGCAUCUGCUACAAUGAACCUUCUUCUCUAAGAGAGAAAGGGCUUCUUGUUCUUCCUGGUGAAGACUCAUUGCCUCCUGAUGUCGCAAGCAAGCUCUUUGAGCCUCCUCUGAGAGCUUCUGCAGCAGAUCGUAAUGUCACUGAGAAGAAAGAGGAACCUCUGAAAUUACUUGGACCAUAGGCGAUAAACUUGAAGCUUAAGUUUUUACCCUUUUACUUGUUUCUAUGUAACUUAUAUAUUUUCAGAUAAGAUUUGUUGUACUUACAGGUUUUUGUCGUCUUUAUGUUAUGGCAAUUUCUAUCUUCAAACUUUAACUUUAAUGCUUCUUCAA